UAUUUUGGUCAAUUUGCACUCUCAGUCCUAAAAUCUAAUCUUCCUCUUCCUGGCGUUCGAUUCCUUCUCUCCGUUCGCUUCACUCUCAUGCUUGUCAGUCUUAUUGCGCCGCCGCCUUCUGUGUUUCCGUCCAGCUCCGCCGCCAUCUGUUCUUCCACCCAGUGUCUCCGCCGUCUGUUCUUCCAUCCAGCGUCGCCGUCUUCUCUUCAGAUUGUUGGUACAAUAAGCUCGAAAUGAGUGUUCCGGCGAACCCAAAGAAAACUGCUCCACCCCCAAUUGUUAAGUUGAACAAUGCCUUCAAACUGGCUGAGGUAUGGGUAAAGAGUAUGAGCGGAUCCGCAGAUGAUGAAACAACUAAUGUGAAUACGGAGAGUAGACCUCAUAAGCUUGGUCUAGGCGCAAAAGUUCCGCGGCAAUCCAAUGUAGGGCUCUCAAAUGACCCUGUUGAAAGGAAACUGCACGCCAAAUUGGAUGCUGAUAAAAGAAAAGCAGCCAAUAUUGCGAAAGAGUCUACUCCGUUUGCAAGUGACAUUUUGGACGAUGAUGACGAAGACGACGAAGAAGAAAGCAGAACUAAUGCUUUUGCCAAGAGAAAGGCAGCAGUUCCUUUGACACCGCCUAUACUGGGAAAUAAGAAAAGGAAGCAACACUAGUAUUAAACCUUUUUGAUGUAAGGCUUCGCUCUAUAGCAUAUUUUGCACCUGUCAUGCUGAUUUCAACAAUGCAGUACUUUUCUUUUGGCUGUCAUGACUGUAUUUAAGCAUUUCUCUUUUGGAUGCAUCAUUUGGAUUGAGAGGUUAAUUGCCACUUCUGUAGACUAAAAUAUUCUUGUAAAACACAUUAACUUGCUUAUGUAAAUCAGAUUUUGUUUUUAAUAGACAAGCAUUAGUGAGUUAUUUUA